AUGGAUGCGCAAAAACUAACAAGCCUCGGAGGCUCUCUGCCGGUGCCUUGUGUUCAGGAGCUAGCAAAGAAGACGCUCACCACAGUUCCACCACGGUACCUGCGUCCUGAGCAAGACCCUCCAUUCUUAUCCGAUUCUAGCACUACUUGUUCUUCAAUCCAUGCCCCAGUCAUCGACUUUAACCGCUUGGUUUCCGGAGAUUCCAUGGAUUCAGAGCUGGACAAGUUGCACUACGCUUGCAAAGAGUGGGGUUUCUUCCAGUUGACAAAUCAUGGAGUGAUCUCUACUUUGGUGGAGAAAGUAAAGGUAGAGGUACAAGAAUUCUUCAACCUCCCAAUGGAAGAGAAGAAGAAGUUUUGGCAACAGCCAGAAGAUCUACAGGGAUUUGGACAGGCCUUUGUUGUUUCUGAAGAGCAGAAACUUGACUGGGCAGACAUGUUCUACAUGAUCACUCUUCCAACUUAUUUGAGGAAACCCCACUUAUUCCCCAAGCUACCUAUCUCGCUUAGGGAUUCCUUGGAAAUUUAUGCAGUUGAACUGAGAAAUCUUGCCAUGACAAUCCUUGGGUUCAUAGCAAAAGCUCUAAAAAUGGAAGCCAAUGAUAUGAAAGAAUUGUUUGAAGAAGGGCAUCAGGCAAUGAGGAUGAAUUAUUAUCCUCCAUGUCCACAACCCGAUCAAGUCAUUGGCCUAACCCCUCAUUCGGAUGCAGUGGGCCUCACUAUACUCCUUCAAGUCAAUGAAAUGGAAGGUCUCCAGAUAAGGAAAGAUGGGAUGUGGGUUCCUAUUAAACCCCUUCCAGGUGCUUUCAUUGUCAACAUAGGAGACAUUUUGGAGAUUGUGACAAAUGGAGCUUAUCGGAGCAUCGAGCAUCGCGCAACUGUGAACUCAAUCAAGGAGAGGCUCUCUGUUGCAACAUUUUACAGCCCAAAACUCAACGAGGAUAUGUUGACUAUUCCUUUGGGCUCAGGGGGACAUGUUGUCUUUAGUCACGAUGCAUCAAACCAAGGACUUGGUUGUGUAUUAAUGCAACAUGGGAAGGUUAUUGCUUAUGUUUUUAUACAAUAGAAACCUUAUAAGCAGAACCACCCUACUUAUGACUUAGAGCUAGCAGUUAUAGCUUUUGCACUUAAGUUUUGAAGACUUUAUUUGUGCUACGAAACAUGUGAGAAACCACAAAAACUUAAAGUAUUUAUUUAUUUAUUUAUAGAAAGAAUUGAAUAUAUGACAAAGAAGGGGGAUUGAGCUUCU